AUUCGAACGUGUUGACGAAAUGUUCGUGUGUAACGUGGGAAGGAUUUUGAUUAUUAUUACUUUUUGAGUUUCCAAUUUGAUAUGUUUUGGUGUUUUUAGGAAGGCUUGUGAUUUUUCGAUUUCUUCUGAUACGUUUCUAAUUAGCGCGUACAUGUGUCAUCUUGGUGUAUUUUCUCAAAUUGUUGGACUCUCAACGUAUACAUGUAAUUCACAUCAUGGCCGCAAACAACAGGAACAGGACAGUACAACAUAAAAAUAUUACUUCGAUAUUUUCUAAACUACAUGGAGCGUUUGCCGAUGCGAUGGCUCCACCUAAACUAGCUACUGAUAAACGGACUUUAGAUAAAACUUGGAAACUGAUGGACAAAGUGGUGAAGCUGUGUCAGCAUCAGAAAAUGAACCUGAAAAAUUCUCCACCGUUUAUUUUGGAUAUUCUUCCUGACACGUAUCAGCGACUGAGGUUGAUUUAUUCCAAGUACGAGGAUAAAGUGAUUGUGCUGCAUAGUAACGAACAUUUUAACGUUUUUAUUGUUAAUCUAAUGAGGAAGUGCAAACAAGCUAUCAAACUUUUUAAGGAGGGCAAAGAGAAAAUGUUCGACGAAAACUCCCACUAUCGAAGGAACUUAACCAAACUUAGUUUAGUUUUUAGUCAUAUGUUGAGUGAGCUGAAAGCUAUCUUUCCUAACGGCACGUUUGCGGGCGACCAGUUUAGAAUAACGAAGAGUGAUGCUGCUGAGUUCUGGAGAAGCAAUUUUGGAAACAGCACGUUGGUACCUUGGAAGAUCUUCCGUCAGUGUCUGAAUGAAGUUCAUCCCAUCAGCUCCGGUUUGGAGGCCAUGGCGCUGAAAUCAACUAUUGACCUCACGUGCAAUGACUUUAUCUCCAACUUCGAGUUUGACGUGUUUACAAGACUGUUUCAACCGUGGACCACGCUGCUGAGGAACUGGCAGAUCCUGGCUGUGACGCACCCCGGGUACGUGGCGUUCCUCACCUACGACGAGGUCAAGGCUCGCCUGCAGAAGUACAUCACCAAACCUGGCAGCUACGUGUUCCGGCUGAGCUGCACCCGGCUGGGCCAGUGGGCCAUCGGCUACGUGACGGCGGACGGCGACAUCCUGCAGACCAUCCCCCAGAACAAGUCCCUGUGCCAGGCCCUGCUGGACGGCUACCGGGAGGGAUUCUACCUGUACCCGGACGGGCGCAACGUGAACCCGGACCUGUCGUGGGCCGUGCAGCCGACGCCGGAGGACCACAUCAAGGUGACCCAGGAGCAGUACGAGCUGUACUGCGAGAUGGGCUCCACCUUCCAGCUGUGCAAGAUCUGCGCGGAGAACGACAAGGACAUCCGCAUCGAGCCGUGCGGCCACCUGCUGUGCACCCCGUGCCUCACCUCCUGGCAGGUGGACUCGGAGGGUCAGGGCUGUCCGUUCUGCCGCGCGGAGAUCAAGGGCACGGAGCAGAUCGUGGUCGAUCCGUUCGACCCGAAGCGGCAGCACAAGGCGGGCUCGACCGGCAACCUGGUCGAUCUGGACGAGGACGAGGAGGACCUGAACGCGUGGAACUGCAACAACAGCUGCCUGCAAGCCCUCGCGUUGUCGCCGCGCUCGGAGCUGGCUGAUGCCCGGGGAGGCCGCAGCCCCAUGAUCUCGCCCCGAGCCUCGCCCCAGCUGCACCGGCGCGGAGCGACCCCGGCCGCCCCUCCCCCGCCCCUGCCCCCCCGCCGGGCCUCCCCCACCCUCGGCAGUCCCACCAACUCACCCAGCGGUCAGCUGACAGUUCCCAAGGAGGACGCCCCCCUGCCCCCGCACUCCUGCACGGUCACCAUCGUCGCGCACGACGCCGAUCCCUCCGACACCUCGGCAGCGGGCACGGACGCGAGGUACGACGUGCUGUCGACGGCGGGGAGCGCGGCCAGGCAGCCGUGCCCGGCCGUGCCGCAGCUGCCCUCCACCUCGGCGCAGCCCGCCGUGCUGUACGCGGAGCUGGCCGGCGUCUGCGAGGAGCCCAGCUACGAGAACACCGUCAUCGCGCCCGGUAGCCUGCAGGCGAGACCUGCUUGCAACAUGAAUGAAGCGGAGGGUCUGCUGAAUAAAGCCAAGCUUAUUUCGUCUGAUAACAGGGCAGCGACGCGCUGCGGCAGCGCGGGCACCAGUGGCACGGCCGCCCAGCGCUGGAGGAGAGAGGCCAGCGAGGCACAGAAGCACCGCUACCAGCACGGCGACCCCAACGUGGCGUACGAGAACCUCAACAUGGACCACAUCGCUCAGCUCACGUCGGAGGGCUACGCGCAGGACGCGGUGAUACGCGCGCUGGGCAUCACGCGCAACGACGUCGAGAUGGCGUGGGACAUCCUGCACGAGUUUGCCACCAAGCAGACGUCCGCGUGAUUGGCCGGCGGGGUGACCUCGCAGUGACCCGCGCGUUGAAGGAACACGUUGUGGACGUGUGCCGUCCCGGAGCUGCGCUCUAUGGCGCGGGCACGCACGGCAUAACCCCUCUUUGACACGUUCGCAGGGACCAGGAAAGUGUUGCAAAAUGCAGGAGACAGGUGAGAAAGAGAUUAAUUUAUAUUGUACGAGUUUUAUAUGGGACCACUGAAAAGUAUUGUAAAAUGUAGGAAAGAGUUUUAUUAAGGGUGUAAACCAGGGGUUGCGCUGUUGAUAAACCGAAAGAAAUACCACCAAAGAAAUAACGUUACAGUUUGCGGAAACUGAAUGUUUUGUGCGACAUACAGCUAAGCUGUGCGUGAUCGCUUACGUCCACAAUUGUUAAUUCAUUGCCUGGAGUGAGAUGGACGGCACUCCAUUUAUGCAUUUUAAGUACAUGGUGAAAAAAACACUUCACGCUACCAUCUGUAGCAUUCUGUAAGAAUAUAAAAUAUGUUAUAAAUAUUUAUGACCAUACGGUUUCAAGACUCCAACUUAAAGAACAGUGCAAAUAUGUAUGAUAGAUUCUUCAGAUGAAUAAAUUUCUUGGAAAUGUUAUUUUGUGUAACGCUUUGGAUACUAGGAUACCAUGCCGACAGAAUGUAGAGAAUUCAGUUGCAAAAGGUUAUCUCUCAAUUGUAAAUGAACAUAGCUUUAAAAGUGUCUUGUGCUAUUUAACUUAAGUGUUUUUGACUUUUUGCCUUUAUUUCUGCGUACCGUGGUUUCCUUUUAAGUGUGUUUGUCGGUCCAAAAGUUUUUCGCUGCCCUUAGCAGUUGCAACAAGGCUCUGUGGUAUUAUGUCUGGUUAUGUGGUAUAUGUAUAUGGCAGCUCGCAUCCUACGCACGUGAUUUCAACACAUACUCUCGUUGAACAAGACUUCAUACGUUGCACUUAAUUAACCUGAUCUUGAAGACACGUCAAGCCCUUAUUCAUUCAUACAUUAAUAAUUCUUAAUCUUUUUCUCAGUGGCUACCCAAAACACAUCAGUAGGGGCUGUAAAAAUUAGCAUUUUCAUUAAAGUAUUCAAAACUUAAGUAAUAAUAUCCUAAGUAGUUAGGAAACAAAUAUUGAAGUAUGUAUACAAAUACUUAAAACUAGCAUUAAUGUUUGAGUUUGUACAAAAAAAAAACCACACGUGAUUAAAUCCUUUCUGGGUAAUAACCACAAAAAUAUUUUCUAAAAAAUUUGUAUUAAAAUAUUUCUAAUAAACAUUAUAUUACUUCAAGCUCUCUUUUAACAAUACUAAAAACCACUUUAACACUAAGUCUCACUGAGGGAUUUUAAGUUUAUUAUUUGUGUAGGGAGUAGCAGACCAACCGUGAAUUGCAAAUCUAUUGUAAAUACUGGUUUAUGUUAUUCAGAGGUGUAUCAGGUUUUGGAAAUUUGACAAAAACUUUUAUUUUCUUGUAAGUCUGAAACAAUGCAUUUUCAAACACAAUUUUGGAAAUGUUUGUUUAUUAAAAGUGUAGCAGUAUCGUGGUAAAUUAAUUUAAACCUAUUUCUGCAGGAAAAAAAUGGCAUUUAUGUUAAAAAAAAUAGCAAUAAUAGUAGCAUAUGAAGUGGAAAUUAACAAAAAAAAUUGCAUCACAGGUUGCAAAUUUUUCCAGCCCUCAACCAUAAGGAAUCCUCGGAUGGGCAUCACUAGGACAUCUUGCUGAUUCGGAAAGUGUGUCAGUCCAAUCCCAAUUGCCAGGUUAAUUAAUAUUAAUUAAUAAACACAGGAUGUGCAAAGCUCUACUGCACUCUUAGACAUCCUGUCACCUUAGAUCAUUCUAUGUUUAUCUGUGUUGCGGAAAACUGAACUUAAAACAUCACAAUGCACAGAAAUAUUUUGGAGCAUAAUUAUAGUCUUUAAAAUGUUGUAGUGAGUGCUUAAUGUAUUUGCAGCAUCAUGAAUAUGCACAUAACGGCAACCUUUGAUGAACUGUGUUGUCCUGACGGAAUCCGAGUUUGGCCCAAGUGUUUUGCAACUUGUAAUUAGUCAUUUCCGCCACAGCUAUUGUUUCUGACCAUCAGACUCUUUAUAUUGAGGUAGUCACAGAGAAUGAAGCAUGUAAAACCAACACUGUCGUGAAUUUAUUUAAUUUGUCUACAACUUUCAUGUCUGUGAUUACUUUUUAGUUUCUGCAGUUUAGAAAAUUAUCACGCCAUUGUAGAUUAUCGGUUUACAUUGUUCAUCUGCAAGUUUUCGUUGUUAGAUUAAAAAAUAUAUUUUUUGUCGUGUUAUCAGAAUUUUUAUCUGCGAUGGAAAAUGCAAAUAGGUAAAAACCUAAAAACAUGAAUGUCUAAUUAAAUGCACAUUUGUGCAAUGAAAAUUACUUUUACUGCACAUAAAAUUUUAUUGCAAGUAUUGCAUAGUUGUCACAAGACUUAGAAUCUGGCUGUUUGUAAACCAACAUAAAAUCUCUGUUAAUUUUAUUGUUGUCCAAAUUCAGCAUGAUGUAGCCAUUGAUGGAAAUGUCACCUCCCCGCCCCAUUUAGCAUGUCAAUUGCUAUUUGCGCUUACCCCUAACUGAUAGGCAGAUUCAUUAAUUAAUACAGCCUACAUGUCUAAGCCGAGUCCAUAAUACCACAUGUCCAGCAUUUAGCUAUAAUUCAUAGUCCCUUGCAAAUAAGUUAUACAGAAUUUGAAAUAAGUAUUCUUUGUGUAAAUGCUUGAUAAAAUUGUUAAUUUUUUAACAGUCUAUACCUGAAUCCAAGACUAGUUUUGGUUGAAUCUGUAGUUCUUAACUUUUAACGCCAAAAGUUGACUGUAAAUGAAGAUAAGGAAACUAACAAACUGAACAGUGAAGAUAUCUGAUAGCCAGACUGUUUGUGAAUGUGUUUGAAACAGUUUUUUCUUGACUUCAGGACUCUUGUACAUAAUAGUAAGACAAUCUAGCCUGUAUACAAACUGUUGCAUUGCAAGUAAUGUUAUAAAAUACAAAUAUUGUAGUUGUAAUGUAAAAAUUUUCUGACCUCAUAAAAUUUGUUAAUGUAGUAACCCAAAACAAAUAGGUAUAUUGUUUUAAAAACUUUGGUGAUUAUAAGUACAUACCUAGGUCAUCUCAAAUUUAAAGGCUUCUUGGAUUUGGGUAUAUGCUAUAAAUAUUUCACAUUUUUUAUCUGGACUGUAAUAAAAAAUAUAAAAUGUAAAAUCAUGUGCUGCAGUUAAGAACACACAUGUAUUUGUUCAGUAAUUUACUGUAGAAUUGCCAUUUAGCAAUGCGGUAAUUCUAAUGCUUGAUAAAAUAUGUGAAACUAUUUUUUAAUAUAUUUUAAAGUUUUUUUGUCUGCUAUGAAUAUUAAGGAGAAAAAAACAUUUAGAAUUUAAAAAUUUCACAAUAAUAAUAAAAAAAGUUCAAAUAUAUUUAGAGUUGUUGCAGCAACAUGUGAUGUGAUAAAAACCAUAUAAAAAUUACUGUAAUGUGUGAAACUAUCCAUUUGUACGGCUGUCCAAGUUCUUCAUGUAACAAUAGUUCCUGUGCAUUAUGGGUUAAAAUGUGUAAUUAUUAGCUUAAUUAUUUUGUGUGUUUUUAAUCCAGCGCUGCUGUUAUGAAUAAAACACCCUUUUUAUGUUAAUUUUAAAGCUAUCUUGAUUAAUAAAAUAGGAAGGACUUUAUUGUACAAAAUACUUUGCACAGUUUGACAUUAUCAUAUUGAAAGUGUGGUUCAAAAUUUAAACAAAACUGCUUUCACUAAUUUUCAGAUGUUUAAAGUUGAAAUUUUUGAAACAUGCAAUUAAUAGGUGCAAUUUGUAAGAGAGGUGGAAAAGUUACAAAACUUGACAGGUAAGCAUAAUCAAAAUAUGAUGCGACCAUGGUAUUUGGAAUUUUACAAAGUGAUGCAUGCAUAGAAUAGAAAAUUUGUGAUAUUACUGGCUCUUUAGAGUUUGUGGAAUAUUCAGUAGUGAAAUUCAUAUUAAAAAAAUUUAAGAAAAUACAUUUUUGAUUUCGAUAAAAAUUUGUGAGUGAGUCUUUCAGUUCUCGCCAAUCAUGUGUAAACAUCUAACUCCAGUAACUGGCAAAUUCAUACUUAUAAUACGAAACUCUGACAUGAAAUUUAACAUAGAAUUCUUUGAAAUAAUGCUGAGUGUGAUAAAAAAACUAAUAAAUAAAAUAUUAACUUCUCAAAUACCAAAAUUUUUUGGUGCGAAUCACACAUACACACUUUCUGCGACCGCCGCUAGCAUUCACCAACUGAAUUGUAAACAUUGUGUGCCACCAUCAAGGGCAUAUAGCAGCUAGGGAUGAGAAAAAUGGUUAUUUUCCAGUACCAGUUAUGGUUCCAUUGGAAUAACUGAUUAUUGAAUGGUUAACAUUAUCAGAUAUUGGGCAUGAAGGUCUAUUUCAUUCAUUCAUUCACUAUUCCAAUCACAACUUUGCGCUCGUCUAAAAUAACUUCAAAUGUGACACCGCCUAGUUUCCUUAAAAUCUUAUGACUAUGAGGUCCAUACCAAUACUUAGGAAACUUAUAAAUUCAUCUCCUUUUGAGACUGGAUGUAUGGAGGUACACAUAAUCCCCUACUUUUAAUUCUUCAUCAUUUGACGUAUGGCCAUAGUAUUCUUAAGGUAAAUAUUCCUUCUGUUCUUCUGUUCAGCCGUUUGUCCGUGAUGCCAUGGCAACAGCAUCAUUCAGUUCGAGUGGAAGCAUUUAUUUUAGUUUUAAUUAUAUGUGUGUUGCUAUUUGCAUGGUUUUAAUUUCAGAAUACAUACCAUAUUUACCCAAAAAGAAUGUGACGCUGAAUAUAAUACUAUACCCCAAACUUUUUGAUUAUUUUAUGAAAAAGACUUAAUGAAGUAUAAAGUACAAUUUAAAAACAUAGAACUUGAAAAUUAUUUAAAUAAGGGAAUUUAUUCGGUAAUUACUGGAGCUUUUGUGGUGUUAGUUUUCUCAUUAAAGUGAUUUACACUGCCUCUUUGGAAACAACAAGCCGCAGUUAGAAGUAAAAAAAUAAGUUUUAUGGUAGUAGUUGAAAAGCUGUCCACCAGAAAGCAAAGAAGAAAGGAACUUUGUGACAAACUGCAUUCCAUCUUCUCUCUGCCAUCACACUUGUGGAGAGAUUCAGGAAGCCACGGACUAGAGUAAUAUAAGUGACGCAGUUUACAGGCAAAGUGUGUAGUUUUUCAACUAAUCUGUUACUAAUGGCAGAUACAAGUUUGCUAUUGUAAUGCGACUCUCACUUAAAAGUUUCAGCAGUUUUAGUUAAAAUCUUAGUAUUAUUUUCAGGUAAAUAUGUUAUUAACUAUUGUUUGAACUAUGCAAAUUUAUUUAAAUAACCCUAUUUAAUAAUCAUAUCUAGUCAUUAUGCCAAAUCUCAUUCAGCAUUGCUUUAUACACACUUUCUACAAAAAUACUAUAAAGCAGCAUUUAUGCAUUACGAUUAAUGAGUUCGGUCAGGCCGUUGACAAUAUCUUCCGCAACCUCCCCCCCUCCCCAAUUUUCCAAUUCAAACUAAUAAAACUGUAAGAAUAACAAAUGAUCUACUCCGUAUCUUUGAUGAUGGAUUAUGUUAAAAUAGCAUUUUUAUUUUGCAUUAAACUGUGAGGUAUUCCAUAACACUAAAAAUAAAAUCCUCCAUCGUUCGCCCUCCCAAGAUCCGCAGCUGGAUCCACCCGCGUCCACAGUCAUUCCGUUCAGAUGCAAGCGAAGAACACACAUACAUUAAAAUUAAGUGAUCUGUCACUGUGGAGUGUUCAAAAACUAACUCGUCUAUGCAAUAGCUUUAAAACAAGCUCACGACCAAUGCUACAGCAGGUAAUAUCAACUAUGCAUGUGAUGUGCCGUGCAAAGGUUUCAGCAGAAACGACCACCACAGUUGCAGGGCAGGUGUCCCACUGCCACAAGUUGUGACGAACAGAUGCCAUCGCGUACUUUUAUUCAUAGUACCUGCAAGUGAUUGGUUGUUUCGUUUGUGUUGUAUCGCUAUUGUUAUUUUGAACAUGUUCAGUCUGGCUGAUUUGUUUGAAAUGAUUCACUAAUCUGUGCUCAUUUGUUUUGUACAGUUUAGUGCAGAUAAUGUUGGUUGAUGUACACUUUUUUUUUCUUUUCACAAUUACUAUAAAUGUUUUGAUUUUCUUGCGUCAUUUUGCAGGUAUGUAGUUUGCGUGGUGAGUGUCCACAAAAUGAGGAUGUGAUUUUGAAAUACAAUAAUAAUUCUUGUUACGGUUUACUGCAUUUUAGAUAACUUUAUUAAUGUUAUGGUUAUCUGUUUUUAGCUUGAUGUGCAAUAACGUGAAUGAGUGAGUCACCCGCUCAUUGUCUAGUAAUGACGGAAAACAUAUCACAAGUACAACUUCACUCGCUGUUUCCACAUUCUCCCGACACAGGUGCUAGAUACUUGCUUAUUGUUUUCUGUGAAAAUGUUGGUUAUUAAAAAUUUCUCAGUUUUGUAUGUGUAUCAUUAGUUUCAAUUACUGUAUAUGUUAAUAUUGUAAAAAUCAUCUGAUCACGAUAAAAAUAAAUGUUAAAUAUUA